GCUGCCGGCGGUCGGAAGAGUUGAUAGCUGAUCGAGUGCUCCGUCCGCGGUUUUUUCUUUCGAGCACGUUGUUUGUCCCGGAUUCGAUUCCAUCUUCGCGACCCGCAACUAUCAGUCGUACUCUGAUCCCCGUUCUGCGGAAGAUGACGAUUUGCUGAAAGACAAUAACAUCAUAUUAACUACUAUACAUCAUCCUCGAAUAAGGUUGGCAAAAAGCCCUUAUACAAACAUGGCUGUGGAUUAUGUGCUGGAGGACCUGAUGGGGAAACUAGGGGAAUUUGGGAAGUACCAGUUCCUGCAGUUUUUCCUGCAGGUGCUUUCCGGCCUGACCGCUGGUAUGCACAUGCUAUCGCUGGUCACCGUGGCCGCCGUUCCCGAGCACCGGUGCUUCAUCGAGGGCGUGGACAACAGCACGUUGUCGGUGACGCCGUGGAACUCUAGUGCCAUCCUGGCCGCCAUCCCGCUGAAACCCAAUGGCGAUCUGGAUUCCUGCCAUAUGUAUGAUCCAUCUAUCCUGAGCUCCAAUGCCACCGUCAAGUGCACACGUUACGUAUACGACACGACGUACUACAAGACCUCGCGCACCAUCGACUGGAACUUUGUGUGCGACCGCCGCUGGAUGGGGGCCAUUGUGCAGACGGUGUUCAUGCUGGGCGUGUUCACCGGCGCCGUCACCCUUGGCGGACUCGCCGAUAAAGUGGGCCGGAAGACCGUGUUCUGCUGGUCGGCAUUGUUCCAACUGAUCAUCGGCGUGGGUGUGGCCUUCAUUCCCGAGUACUUCUCAUUCAUGGUGGCCCGCUACCUGCUCGGCAUUGUGGGAUCAGCGGGCGCCUAUAUAUGUGGCUUCGUGCUCACCAUGGAGCUGGUAGGACCCAGCAAGCGUACUGUGUGCGGCAUAACCUUCCAGGCUGUCUUCGCUGGAGGCAUCAUGCUGGUGGCGGGAUGGGGAGCACUGAUUCAUGACCGCCAGUUGCUGCAGGUGAUCUAUGGACUGCACGGCUGUCUAUUCCUGGGCCACUGGUGGUGGCUAGAUGAAUCUCCGCGCUGGCUGUGGAUGCAGGGUCGUGCCGCUGAAGCUGUGGACAUUGUGGCCAAGGGCUUGAGGAUCAAUGGAUCGGGCAUACCGGUGGACAAGGAAUACUACGUGCAGAAGGCCAAGCAGCAGGCGGCCGCCGAGGAGAAGUCCAGUGCCGGAUUGAGUGACCUGUUCCGCACGCCCAACCUGCGGAUGAAGACGCUGAAUGUGUGCCUCUGCUGGUUUGCCAACUCCCUGGUCUACUACGGACUUUCGCUGAGUGCCGGCAAGCUGUACGGCAAUCCCUACCUGAUCCUGUUCAUCAUGGGCCUGGUGGAGUUCCCCAGCUACAUAACCAUUGUGUUCGUCCUGGAUCGCCUGGGUCGUCGAUCGAUCACCUCCACCCUGAUGUUGGGUGGCGGUCUGUGUUGCAUUGUGGCCGCCUACAUUGCCCAGGGCACCAACACCUCCACGGGUGUAGUGAUGGCGGGCAAGCUCCUCAUCGCCGGAUCCUUUGCCGUGAUCUACAAUUACUCGGCGGAGCUGUUUCCCACCGUGGUGCGGAACUCAGCCAUGGGCCUGGGAUCCAUGUGCGCCCGUCUAUCCGGCGCUCUAACUCCACUCAUCACAUUGUUGGACUCAUUUGACCCAAAGAUCCCGGCCGUACUCUUUGGCGUGGUGGCCAUCAUCUCGGGCUUCUGGGUGAUGUUCCUGCCGGAGACCAUGGGCCAGCCAAUGCCCGAAUCCAUUGAAGAUGGCGAGAACUUCGGCAAGGGCGACACUUGGUUCAGCCAGUGCGCUGGUCGCAAGAAGCGCCAGAACAGCGUCUAUCCCGAUGACCCUGAGCAGAUGGUGCCGCUCAAGAACAUCGAGAGCAAGUAAAUGCCAAGCUAAAUUCCCAAAGCCAGUUUAAUUUCCUUGUUACCCUGUUUUUCUUGUUAAGAAUUCUACUCUUCUAUCUAGUAGUAAGUUUUAAGAGUUGCUAUCCAUUCCAUGUGAAUAAAAUGGUUCUAUAGAAUAGGUAAA